UUGAAAUGGAAAUGGAAUAACGCUUUUGGGAAGCAAAUUCUGGUGAACCAGCUCCUCUCGCUCCCUCUCUUCCCUGCAGAAUCUCGACCAAUCUUUGGAUCGGCGAGAAAAUCAAUCAAUCCAUCUUCAGAGAUCCGCGACACAAUAGCCUGAAUCUGCAGGUCUUCAGAUUACUGAUCUCUGUUUACGAUUUUCAAAGCAGCAAUGCAGAGCAUUAACUCAUCAACUGAAGAACGCAGAUUAGAAGUUCGAAAACUAGAGAUCUGUGACAAGAACAAGGGCUUCAUCGAACUAUUGCAGCAACUAACGGUUUGCGAUUCUGUGACGGACAAAGAAUUCGAAGAUAGGUUUCAGGAAUUAAGCGCCCUAGGAGACGACCUCGUCAUUUGUGUCAUAGAGGACGAUCGGUCGGGGAAGAUCAUCGCCACCGGAAGCGUUUUCAUCGAGAAGAAAUUCAUUAGAAACUGUGGGAAAGUAGGGCACAUCGAAGACGUGGUGGUUGAUUCGAGUGCUCGUGGGAUGCAAUUAGGGAAGAAAAUCGUCGGGUUUCUUGCGGAUCAUGCUCGCGCAAUGGGAUGCUAUAAAGUGAUUCUUGAUUGCAGCGUUGAGAAUCGAGGGUUCUACGAGAAAUGUGGGUUCGAGAACAAGUCGAUUCAAAUGGCGAAAUACUUUAAUUGAAGAAGCCAGUGUGUUUCAUCUUUGCGAUUGUAAGUAGAUUUGUUCUUGAAGAAUUUUCUGCGCAAUUAUGAUGGAUUCAUGUUUCUCUUGCUUUGAUAAUUUCUUUAAACACUAAUUGCUUGAAAAUACUUUGCGAA